AAACCUCUUACUUCUCUCUCUAUAUAUAAACACAUACACACAUAUAUAUAUAUAUAGUUUGUAAUAUCUUUCUUUAAAAUUAGACAAGUUUCAUUUGUUUUAAAAUAACGUAACUAGUACGAAUAUUGAGCUACUUGUCUGUUUUUCUGUUUGAGUUUGGUUUGUACAAGGAAAGUAAUUAAUGACGUUUGAAAAACCCGGUUUUGCCCCUUCAUAACCUCCAGAUUUUUUUUUUGGUGGUAAUGUGGGUGCAUUGGGUUAUAUGUUGUAUUUUGGGCAAUAGAUUUUGUUGAUGAUACCAAUGCAGGUUGGAAAAAUGGAGUUUUAUGGAUAAGAAAAUGAUGGCUAAGUUCUCUGUAUAUAUUUAUUAAGUUUUGCAUGUGGGGGAAAGAUAAGAUCUCAGUUCUUGAUUUUGCUCUCCAAGAAAGGGUGUUAUGUUUUUUUAUUUUUAUUUUCCAGGUGUAUGAUUCUUGAUUAAGCAGCAUCAUCAGUGCUGAAAUGGAUAUUUAGUAAAUGGGCUGAAAGACUUUGUCAAUUGAAUGCAAUGUUGAGGACAUUAGCACUGGCUUUGUUAAUUUCAUCAUUCCUUGUUUCGUUAACGGCUGCUGAUAAUGGUGACCCUCGAUGUAACUGUGAUGACGAGGGAUUCUGGAGCGUUGAGGGUAUCUUAGAGUGCCAAAGAAUCAGUGAUCUCUUUAUUGCGAUAGCGUAUUUUUCCAUCCCAAUUGAGCUCCUUUACUUUGUCAGCUGUUCUAACUUUCCAUUCAAAUGGGUGCUCUGUCAAUUUAUUGCAUUCAUUGUUCUGUGUGGGAUGACUCAUUUGCUCAAUUUCUGGACUUACUAUGGCCAACACCCGUUUCAGCUUAUGCUUGCUCUAACCAUUUUUAAAGUCCUCACUGCACUGGUAUCCUUUGCCACUGCUAUAACCCUUCUCACCCUCUUCCCUAUGCUGCUCAAAGUCAAGGUGAGGGAAUUUAUGCUGAAAAAGAAGACUUGGGAUCUUGGUCGAGAAGUUGGAUUAAUAAAGAUGCAAAAAGAAGCUGGAUGGCAUGUUCGGAUGCUUACACAGGAGAUUCGAAAGUCACUUGACCGUCAUACAAUACUCUACACAACUUUGGUGGAGCUAUCCAAGACACUGGAUUUGUAUAAUUGUGCUAUUUGGAAGCCUAAUGGGAGUAAAACUGAGAUGAACCUAAUUCAUGAGUCGAGAGACAGAAGCUUUAAUAGUAUGUAUAAUUCACCUAUCCCGACAAGUGAUCCAGAUGUAAUAGCAAUUAAGGGGAGUGAUGGAGUAAAAAUACUUGAUGCCGACUCCCCACUUGCUGCUGCGAGUAGUGGAGAGAGUAGGGAACCAGGAGCUGUGGCUGCAAUUAGGAUGCCGAUGCUGAAAGUGUCGAACUUCAAAGGCGGAACUCCUGAACUUGUCCCAGAAUGUUAUGCCAUACUGGUUUUGGUUCUUCCAGGUGAACAAGGUAGAUCAUGGAGCAACCAAGAAAUCGAGAUAGUCAGAGUCGUGGCUGAUCAGGUUGCUGUGGCUCUGUCCCAUGCUGCAAUUCUUGAAGAGUCUCAGCAUAUGAGAGAAACAUUGGAAGAGCAAAAUCGCGCUUUGCAACAAGCGAAGCAGGAUGCACUUAGGGCGAGUCAGGCAAGGAAUUCAUUUCAGAUGGUUAUGAGCCAUGGGCUAAGAAGGCCCAUGCACUCAAUAUUGGGUCUGCUCUCCUUGUUGCAAGAUGACAAAUUGGGUAAUGAGCAGCAGCGGCUUCUUGUGGAUUCAAUGGUUAAAACCAGUAAUGUUGUUUCAACCCUAAUAGAUGAUGUGAUGGAUACUUCAACAAAGGACAAUGGUAGAUUCCCUUUGGAGAUGAGGCAUUUUCAGCUACAUUCCAUGAUAAAAGAAGCUGCUUGUCUUGCAAAGUGUUUGUGUGCCUAUAGGGGUUAUAAUUUUUCCGUCGAGGUCGACAAAUCUUUGCCAAAUCAUGUUGUGGGUGAUGAAAGAAGAGUUUUUCAAGUUAUUCUUCAUACGUUUGGGAAUCUCUUGAAGGACCCCAAUGGAGGGAUUCUCACAUUUAGGGUUCUCCCAGAAAGUGUAAGUAGGGGCGGAGCUUGGAAGACGAGGAGGUCAAACUCAUCUCGUGACAUUGCCUAUAUCAGGUUUGAAGUUGGAACAAACAAUAAUCAUUCUCCGCCAGAGGGAAUAACAUCCACGUUGCCACAUUACAGUGAAAAACGCAGCAGUAGGGACGUGGAUGAAUGCUUGAGCUUCACUGUGUGCAGAAAGCUUGUUCAGUUGAUGCAAGGAGACAUCUGGGUAAUUCCAAACCCAGAAUGUUUUGAUCAAAGCAUGGCUGUCGUUCUUGGGCUUCAACUGCGGCCAUCAAUUGCCAUAGGCAUUCCUGAAUAUGGAGAAUCUUCUGAUCACUCGCAUUCACACACACUCCUCCAAGGUGUUAAAGUUCUGUUAGCAGAUUUUGAUGAUGUGAAUAGAGCAGUAACAACGAAGCUACUUGAAAAAUUGGGAUGCAGCGUUUCUGCAGUUUCGUCUGGAUCCGAAUGUCUUCGUGUUCUUGGCCCUGCUGUAUCCUCGUUCCAAAUUGUCCUUUUGGAUCUUCACCUGCCUGAUUUGGAUGGUUUUGAACUAACCAUGAGAAUUCGGAAAUUUGGUAGCCGCAGCUGGCCAUUGAUUGUUGGUUUAACUGCAACUGCUGAUGACGAUGUUACUGGAAGAUGCCUGCAGAUUGGAAUGAAUGGACUUAUUCGUAAACCAGUGCUAUUGCCAGGGAUUGCUGAUGAGCUUCAGAGGGUUCUGCUACGGGCAAGCAGAAUGAUGUGAUGACGUGCAAACAAAAUUGCUUGGACCAACCAUUUCCCACCUGUGAAGAUUCCAGCAUACAGUUGUAACAUACAUACAAUUUUUGAAAUCAAAAUGGUAUAGAAAAUAUAUCAGUCUUUUCUAGUCAGAUAGAAGAUCUCAGCUCUAAAAGAUUUGACUGCCAGGUUUGCCCAUUCUACAUUUUAUUGAGCUUAGCAACUCAGAAUUUAACUAAUCUGUCCCUAGAACUGAAGUAUAUAGCAUUGAGAAAUGACUUGAGCAUAGCUCCACUUCUAAGUUAUGGAGCACUAAAUUCUUGAUAUAAGAUUUGCAUUUGCAGGAAUAUCUGUUGCCAAUUGAAUAUUUUGGGUGAAGAAUGUUCAAAAGGCUGAUCUGAAAUGUAGGCUUAUAUGAAAAUCCAUUCACAAAUAUACUAAAAUUCUUCAUUAA